AUGGCCACUAGUCCAGGCCAUCAGGAGAGUGGAAAUGCUUCCAACCAUCCCAACCGCACUCACCAGUCAGCACCUGUUAUGCAACCGCCUUCUGUCCAGCAAAUACAAUCUAUGGCAGCCGCCAUGGCAGAGUUAACAGCUUCCAUCAAUAGUCAUCCCCUGCCUUCCAAGUUCAAGAUGUCUUCCUUGGAUUCGUAUGAUGGAACACGCACCCCAUGUGAUCAUAUUGUAACCUUCAAGACCACAAUGCACCUUCAAGGGGUUCCAGAUGAAAUAAUGUGUAGGGCAUUCCCAACCACCCUUAAGGGGCCAACACGAGUAUGGUUCAGUAAAAUACCUCCGAAUACUGUUGGUUCUUUUGAGGAGUUGAGCAAGUUGGAAGCUUUAACGAUAGACGAGAUGGAUGACAAGUUACUAUUGGUAGCCUUCCACAAUGGAGUUAGUUCUGAUUUAUUCAUCCAUAAGCUUUACAAUCAAAAGCCACAAACCAUGGCUGAACUCAUUCAUUCAGCUCAAAACUUCAUGAAUGUAGAGGAUGCAACCAUUGCCAAGAAAAGGAAGACAGCAGAGCGAAUGGUAGCAGACCUCCCACGCCAUCUUGAACAAGGCCCUUGUCCAAAAAAGGCUCGGAUGGGAGAAAAGAAGGAUAAAGAUAAUAGGAAGAUCAAGGAUGAACCAUCCUUGAAAUGGCCAGAGAAGAUGAAGGGAGAUCCUAAUAAGCGCAAUAAGAAUAAAUAUUGUCGCUUUCGUAGAGAUCACAGGCAUGACACGGACGAGUGUUAUAACUUAAAGCAGCAGAUAGAGAACCUUAUCAAACAAGCAAAGUUGAGACAUUUCGUUGGAAGAGAUCAUAAAGACGAGAAGUUGAAAGAAAAGGUAGAAGAGUCAUCACGACCCCCACUUGGAGAAAUAAGGGUUAUUAUUGAAGGAACUUCAACAGGGCAAUCUUCCAAGUCAAGGAAGACGUACCUAAAGGUGGUACAAAACGUCUAA